AUGUGGUACUAUCGUCCUGGAGAAGCUUCGUCGCCGUCGUCGUCAUCGCGUGCCGCCGCCCGAAGACCUCGGCGAGCACGGCCAGAAGCAACGUCCAAGUCCAACACAGCCCAUCCGAAAGUCACGUCCAAGUCCAACACAGUCCAAGUACAGUCAGUGGCAGAGCGUCCGAAAGUCACGUCGGCCAUUGUAGCCCAAGAAGAAAGGAGGACGCAUGUGAUCAAGAUCGAUGGGUACUCAAGGACCAAGGAGCUUCUUAGGAUUGAUGAGUUUACCACGUCUAUCCCUUUCAUGGUCGGAGAUCGUAACUGGGCUGUGAGGAUUUACCCAAACGGUUACAAGGCACCUGGUUACGUAUCUGUAUAUCUGAUUCUUGAUUCGGCUGAUGCCAAGGACGUGAAGGCGAAAUUCACCUUUAGCUUACUUGACAAGGGUGGAGAACCAGUGCCUUCAUGCAUCAAAACUGUGACGGAACAUAUCUUCCCAAGCAAAGGUUACGGUUAUGGUUUCCCAGAGUUUAUCAAGCAGGAGGAUUUGGAGCGAUCGGCGCAUCUAAGAGGCGACAGUUUCAGAAUCAGGUGCGAUGUCGCCGUGGUGAAGAUGAUCCGCAGCCAAGAGACGCACGCAAACGAGUUCGUUGUGGUUCCUCCAAGCGACUUGCAUCAGCAGCUCGGUGGCCUCCUGAGAAGCAAUGAUGGAGCAGACGUGACCUUUCGAGUCGGUGGCGAUAUAUUCUCGGCUCAUAGGUCCGUGCUCGCCGCUCGCUCACCGGUCUUCAAGGCGGAGCUCUUUGGAGACAUGAGGGAGAAAGCCGGUGACCCUAUCGAAAUUGAUGAUAUAGAAGCUGAUGUGUUCAACUCCUUGCUCCAUUUCAUCUACACGGACUCACUCCCUGAGAGCACUAAUGAAGGUGCAACACAAGACGAUGUAGUGACAGCUAGCCAUCUACUAGUAGCGGCGGACAGGUACGGCAUCGAGAGGCUGAAACUGAUAUGCGAGGAGAAACUGUGCAAUAAUAUUGACUGCAACAUGGUUGCAACUAGUUUGGCUUUGGCCGAGCAGCACAGUUGCGAUGGGCUCAAGGAGGCUUGCUUUGAGUUCCUUGCCUCUCCGUCCAAUCUGGAGAUGGUGAUCACAAGUGAUGGUUACCAACAUCUGAAAAGCAGUUGCCCAUCUGUUCUCAAAGAGCUGAUUGCUAGACUGUUGCCUGCUGAGCUGACAGCAGCCAGGGAUAUUAUCAGGUCAAUGUAAUCACCCCAUCAAGUCAACUUGGUAUCUCUUUUGUAGCUCGCCCGUGAAUGUGGCAGAACAAAAAAGAUAUCUAUUUGUGCAAGUAGCAGGGGUUUUUUGGCUCCUGUAUUCUGUGUUUUCUAUAUACCUUGUGUAUACAAUUCAACUGCUGUGUGUAGAGACGAAUCCUGUUUUUCCCCUGCUCUAUCUUGUGUUGUGGGCUUGUGGUUGCAAUCCUCUACUUGUUCUAUCCUACUUAAAACAUGCGUAAUUGUAAGUUACUGCACGAUGAUCCCCAUUUCUUCUGUUUUGGAGGUGGAAAAUAUCAAAUAUUAUUGUAGUUGGAAGUGAAAAAUAUCAUCUCUAUGUUUCCUGAGUUUGACAUUGCGGUUUCUCUUGAUUGAAGUGAUCAUUUCUCUUGAUUGAGGGUUUUUAGCAGGAACUGAGAUUAAGCGGGUUCAAUGUAGGGUCAUAAACUCUACAAACCACCUCCUUUUUUUGAAAAAAAGGAUAGUACCACCGGAGUCUGCGUCGAGUGAUGCACACAACCAAGUAUUAUUGAUUAUCCAUCAACAAUGCAAAGCAAAGUCAAGCAUUGAUACCAAAUGAACCAGCUUAUAGAAUAUGAAAAAAAAUGAAAAAAAAUAAUAAGGGCAACUGUCAAGCAGCAGAAUCCCCAUAAUAACACCACAAAUCUUAUGCCA